AUGACUGGUUUCACUUUCAGUCAAGAGCAAGUUGAUAAAUUUAACAAUGAAGGUUGUUUAUGCAUUGAAAAUUAUUUAAACCCUGAAGAAGUUGAAGAAUUAUUAAAUCAUACAUAUAAAUUAAUUGAUGAAUUUGAUUUAGAAAAUCAUUCAAUGACAAAAUUCACCACUGGUGGUGAAAAUAAUGAUGAACAUGUUGGUGAUGAUUAUUUCUUACAAAGUUCUGAUAAAAUACGAUUUUUUUUAGAACCUGGUGCUUUUAAUUCUGAUAAUAAAUUAAUUAAAUCCAAAGAAAGAGCUAUAAAUAAGAUUGGUCAUGGUUUACAUAUUGAUCCAGUCUUCAAUAAGCAUACAAUUAAUCAUAAAUCUAAAGAAAUUGUUGAUAAAUUAGGUUUCCAAGAUCCAAGAGUUUUACAAAGUAUGAUUAUUUGUAAACAACCUGAAAUUGGUGGUGAAGUUCCAAGUCAUCAGGAUGGUACCUUCUUAUAUACAGAACCACAAAGUGCAAUUGGUUUUUGGAUUGCAUUGGAAGAUUGUAAUGAAACAAAUGGAUGUCUAAGUUAUUUAUCAGGUUCACAUAAAACUGUACCAAUUCAAAAAAGAUUUGUUAAAAAGGAACAAGGUGGGACUGGGUUUAUUUAUUUUAAUGAAGAACAAAGAGAUGAAUAUGAUAAUAAUGAAGAAGAUUAUUUAAAAAUUAAAUGUUCUAAAGGUUCAUUAAUCUUGAUUCAUAAUCAAGUUUUACAUCGUUCAAAUUUAAAUUUUUCAAAUAAUUCAAGGUAUGCUUAUGCAUUCCAUGUUAUUGAUGGUGUAACUAAUUAUGAUGAAUUGAAUUGGUUACAAGUUCCACCAAGUGGGGGUGCAAAUUUUACGAAAUUACAAGUUUAA